AUGGAGCUGCAACUUCCAGCCGGCUUCGCGACUUCGAUCACGCACGUGGGGCAGCUGAAGGGCUUGCUCGCACUUGCGUCUGCCAACAGCGCCCUGAGAGCCCAGCUCCAGAAGCUGUUGGUUCUGGGCGAGGACGCCUGGGAGGAGGUGGUGGAGCACGUGGGCCAAGCCGUGGAGCCGGACAGCCGCACAAGGGUCUGGUUCGAGGACACAAGAUUCUAA